AUGUACGUUGAAACACUACUAUCUACUGAACAGAACCACCAUGAACUCGCAAGACAUGCGCGCCUGAGCCAUGCGACAGAAGAAGAUGACUACGCUGUAGAAAAAGUGACAUUUGGAAGUAUUCAAGAAUAUAAGGAGUGGAGACAAAUAUCGGAAGAGGCGAGCGUGAUCAAUCGCUUCGUGUCCACUAUCAAACAUGGCCACAACAACGUCAAAACCACCUAUCUCCGCUGCAGUCGCGCACUUCGCUCUUUAAGCAUUGUACCGAUGAUAACUAGGAAAACUGUCGCCUACUGUACAGCGUACAUAAAAGUGGUCGAAGAUGGAGUGAACAUCACCGUCAAACGUUUUACACAUUGCGGGCACGACGUCAACCCAGCAAAGUUGAGAUUAGACGAAAAGUCUCAGCAAUAUAUAGCUUCACUCUUGAAAGAGGGUGCCACCGUCAAGCAGGUGAAGGAGAAGCUCGGGACAAAGAUGAGAGACGGUCCCAAAAACAGGCUGUUUCACAACAUCGCGGGAUGUAAGGUGCAUAGACCGAGUGACAGGAUAGACCAGUGGGCAGCUUUCGGUAGGCUAGGGUCCCACAAAAUCUUGAAGCAUGGAAUCCUGGAAGGAAAGGCCGACGUAAGAAUAGACACCCUGCUGGAGCUGCUCAUCAAACUAACCACGGAGGCAGAGGAGGAGCGAGAAAUUGCGGUGAUGGAGAGAGGAGUUGAGGAAGGCCGCUACAGAUUGCAGCAGCACCACAAAUCUUAUAGCGCUGCGGUAACAAAGUACCAUGGCAAGCAGGACCUCAUAGUAAUAGCUGGAAAUGGUCACUGGGAAGUGGAGGAUAACGGACGCGUUUAUAACAUCCGCGAGCAGUUCUGCCCUUGCGACAGUGAACGCAACAACCAUUGCAAGAGAGGAAAUUGCAAAGCAUGCCCGUAUGCAUUCACUUGCAACUGCGCACUGGAUGUUAGAAGCGGGAUCAACUGCCUACAUGUACAUGCUGCCUUCACAUAUGCGCCACUAGUUAUCGAUAGCAGCGACGAGGAGGAACUGGUAGACCUUCAAGAAGUUGAGCCUUUAUACGUGGAAGACGAUGAGGAGGACACUGUUCUACUAAGACGUCGCUCCACUGACAAUCGCGACAAGGCCAAAGAUGCCCUGCAAGAAAUAGAAAUGACUUACGCUGCAAGCCGCACUAAAAUCUUGGCCAUGUCUAGUCGCUGCAGCGAUGAAGCUUUGCAAGCCAUAGAAGUUGUGAGAAGGCGAAUGAAGGAAGGCUUGAGAAUUCUGGCAGCGGUUGAAUCUCAGUUAUUUGGCGAAGAAAAUGAUAUCAGGCUAGCUCGCCGUGCUGAAGUUUCGAGCGUGGAACAUCCGCAAGGAUUCACACCCAUCCGAAAGCUUCAUAAACGAUCCCACUUGUGGAGGUGCGAGGCAAAACGCUUGAAAAUUGUCGAUAUUCCUGACUGUGCACCAGAUGAGAGGGAUUCGUAUGCUAUCUGCCUUCGUAUGCAACCCUCGAACUCGCAAAGCACAACAAUAAAUUGGAUACAAUGCCCAGAGUGCGAAGACUGGAUGCACACAGAGUGUGUAGGAAGCACAUGUCCCAAGGACGGUACCAACCUAGAAGGCACAUGA